UGGCGAGAGAGCGGGAGAGCAUGCAAAUUCCACAGCUCUUCGUUCGAAAUGACAAUUCUUCAUAUUUAUCAUUGUUCUGCUCUAAUCGAAGCUGACAAACACAGAACCUAAAAGAAGAAAUGAUUGAACAAGUUUCUUGUGCGUAUCAAGCGGCUGGUGAUGCUCGGACCUGGCCUGGCCCGGUCCCCGGACCCGUCGUUAAGUUUAGUUUGUGUUUAGAACUUGGCGCGACGUGUUGAUUAAAUCGCAGAAAUGCGCUAAGAAUACGCCAACGAAAAUAACUCGAAUUGGGAAUUCAUUAUUCGGCGCGCUUUAAAAUGGCAAAACCAAGGUCAUCCGGGGACUCGGCAGCUGCAGCGGCGGCGUCUUCUCCUGCCGUGGAGGAGCGCAAGCUGAACUACUUCCAGAAGCUGUGGCAAUAUCGCAAAUAUCUGGUCAUCGAGCCGUUCUUUUUCUUCUACUUCAUGGCCUCCGUCUUCAAUUCCGUGGCCAUGCAGAAUUUCCCCCUCGAUAAGGCGUGCCGUGUGAAUCUCGGCUACAACAAAAUCGUCUGUGACACCAUGCUGGACAAAUCGGAGCUGGGAAUCGAAUGUGAUGACUUUAGCUUUGAGAACACCACCGCAGGGGCCACAGCCGAUCUGAUCGGGCUGGCCAUCGGUGCACCAGGUUUUAACUAUACGGUUUGCAAAGCGGAACUCGAGGCGCAAAUCCUCGCCGCCGAUGUGUCGGGCAAACGAGCACCGAUAGCUGCUAUUUUCCCCCUGAUUGUUCUGCUCUUUGCUGGAGGCUGGGCGGACAGGUACAACAAGCGUAAGCCAUGCAUGAUAUUGCCCAUCAUUGGCGAGGCCUUAUCCUUUGGUUGCCAGUUCGUCUCUGCGAUAUUCUUUGAUUCGCUGCCCAUGGAAUUUGGGGCAUACUGUGAGGCCAUUGUGCCGGCUUUGUUUGGUGGACUGACCUUCUGUUUGAUGGCCAUCUACAGUUAUAUCACCAUAGCCACACCCGAAGAGGAUCGUGUGUUUCGGUUCGGCAUCUUUGCCAUGUUCGUCACGGGCGUGCCCUUUAUAGGCCAACCGAUUAGUGGGCUGCUCUUUCAGACCUUGGGCUAUACGCUAUCCUUUGCGUCGGCCAUUGCGUUUCAGAUAAUUGCCAUCCUGUACAUCAUCUUCUUUAUAAAGGAAAUAAAAAUCACACCAAAGUCAGCUGCCGCCAAUGGAUCAACCCCGAAUGAGCCACCACCAUUGCCGACGACGCUGCCACCCAAGCAGGGCACGGACAACAUGGCCUAUGAAACAACCAACUUGGAUGAGCAGCAUCAACAAGUCAACAAGAAUGUAAACUUCCAGCUGACACCGCAAAUGGAGCCAAAGGUGGAAGUGGUGCCACCAAGACGUUCCUUCCUGAAGGAACUCUUUGAUCCCACUCUGGUGGUGGACUGCCUCAAGUUUCCGUUGAUUAAGCGUCCCAACAAUGGACGCCUGCUGCUCGUACUCCUGCUGUGGGCCUAUUUCUUGACGGUGGGACCCACCUCGGGCGAGAACGACUACUGGUAUCGGUUCACGUUGAAGAAACUCUCCUGGAAUGGUAACGACUUCAGCAUUUACCUGACUCUCUCGAGUGGAGCCGCCCUGGUGGGCACUUUCAUUGGCACAGCAAUCCUCAGUAAACUGCUCAAGGUAUCGGACUCCAUGAUUGGCAUGCUCUCGGCCGUCUCCAUUGUGUGCUCCCGUGUGCUAUUUGCCUUUGCCAGCAACACCUCCUCCUUUUACGUGGCUGGAGUGGUGGACAUGUUCGUCAGUCUUCGAGUGAUUGCCAUCAAGACAAUUGGUUCCAGCAUCGUGGAUGGCGAUGAACUAAGUAAAAUGUAUUCCAUCUUUGGGAUCAGCGAACCCAUUGCCCAGUUCAUCUUUCCGCCCAUCUUUAGCGAGAUCUACAAGAGAACCGUCGACUCCUUUCCAGGUGCAAUUUUUCUGUUUGGCGAAAUCUUCUACAUCCCCAAUGUGCUGGUCUUUGUCUUGUGCUACUUCAUCCUGCGACGUCGAAAGGCCGACCAGGCAAAGAACUCCGUGGAGCUGGAGAGAAAUGGCGCAAAUCCCGACAGCGAGAUAACUAGUCUUUGAAUCAAUUAACACCCAUCCGCCGUGUUGCUUGUGUAUAUUUGUUCUAUUUUUGUAUAUUUAUAAAGAAUUUUAUUUUCGUAAA